UCUCGCUAAACCCUAACCCCGCAAAACCCUCUAUUUCCUCUGCCUCUUUUCUUGAAACCUGCAAUGGCAUUCAGUUCCCUUCUUCGCAGAGCCUCAGCCUCUGUACUUCCUCUUGCAAUUCGCUCUGUUGGUUCUCAGAGAACCUUUCACAGCGCAAUAUCCGCUGUUCUCUCUGUUGAAAAGCGCAAUCUCAGGUACGAGGCCUGUCGGCAAGUCUUUGCUCCAUUUUUCCGAUUCUCGACGUCCACCGGAGCAAAACUGAGUGCCGAUGAGAAUCUGAUUCGAGUCCUCGAAUCUGAGAUCGACUGCGCCGAGCAACCAAAUGAUGUGGAGGAUAUCCCAAAUGGAUUUCCUUUUGAAAUCCAAGAUAAUCCUGGAGAGAGAACCAUAUUACUAAAAAGGAAGUACCAAGAUGAGACAAUCAAAGUUGAAGUUGAUGAACCUAGUAUUCCAGAUGAGGAUGUUCAGGAAGAUGACGAUGGUGAUCAGGAUAAAAAUGUUGAGGACUCGGAUAACCCAGCAAGCCUUCCACUGGUUGUAAGUAUUACUAAAGGAAAUGGCCAGAUUCUGGAGUUUGGUAUCACUGCUUACCCAGAUGAGAUCACAAUCGAUACCUUGUCAGUCAAGGAUUCAGAAUAUUCUGAAGAUCAACUUGCAUAUGAAGGACCGGACUUUUGUGAUUUGGAUGAAAAUUUGCAAAAGGCUUUCCACAAAUAUCUUGAGAUUAGAGGGAUCAAACCUAGCACGACUAACUUUUUGUUCGAGUACAUGAGAAACAAAGACAACAAAGAAUACUUGCUAUGGCUGAAGAACCUCAAGAGUUUCAUGGAAAGGUAACUCUUUGUGCAAUGGGAGAACAGCAAAUACAGCCAAGCUUUGGUGCUGAGCAGUAAAAUCUGCUCAUUUAGUGAUUUAGUUCAUUUGAAAUGUUUACAAUCUAAACUUGUAUUCCUAUUAGAGGGGGAGCAAACCUUUCACUGUUUUUUAGGGUAUUUAAGUUACUACUAUUGUUUUAUGAGCACUUUUUCAUGGAUGAUAAGAAAGGAUUAUGGUCGAAAUCCUUUCAUUGAUAAAUUAUAUUUCGAUUGAGAGAUACAAUAUUCAAUUAUCAUAGAUUCUUUGUAUCAUCCUUUUAUAGGUAAUUCAUGGUUUGCAUUUCUUC